AUGGAAUUCAAAGAUGGUUGUGAUAAUUGUAAAACCAAAUCAAAAUCAUCAAUAACACCACAGCCUAAUUCAACAACAUUGUCUACUCUAAAAAACGGCCACUUGAUAUCCAAAGAUGAAUCAACAACACCAAUUACAAUUCCUGCUCUUGUUGAAGCUCCAAGAAAAAAACUAGAUUCAUCAUCAUCACCAUUCACAACCUCAACGGCUUCAACAAUUUCAGAAAAUGGAACUGCUACUAGCAGGCAACCUUCUGACACUAAACUCAAUCUCCAAAGAACUCCAAGAAAAAAACUAGAUUCAUCAUCAUCACCAUUCACAACCUCAACGGCUUCAACAAUUUCAGAAAAUGGAACUGCUACUCAACAACUAUCAACAGCUGUGUCUGUUGGUAGCACUAGCAGUGAACCUUCUGACACUAAACUCAAUCUCCAAAGAAGUACAUGA